UGCCCUACCCACUCUGAGCCUUCCCUCGUGCACGCAUGAAUCUGGCCCACACCACUGUGCUGCUGUGGGCGUGGGGGAGUCUCCAGGCCUUUGAAAUCGUGGAGAAGGAGAAUAUUUUUCAGAGGACCCCUUGCCCCGCUUUCCUGAUGUUCGACAAUGCAGCCUACCUGGCCGACAUGAGCUUCGAGCUGCCCUGCCACUGCAAGCCCGAGGAGGUGUCUGCGGUAGUCUGGUACUAUCAAAAGCAUCUCGGUAGCAGCCACACCAAAGUGCUGACGGAUUUUGAUGGGCGCGUUCUGACCGAGGCGGCCCAGGUCCGGGUGGGCAGUGACAUGCUGGUCCGCUUCAGCAUUCGCAUGUUCAGCCUAUUGGUUUUCCGGGCCCAGCCCGAGGACUCAGGCUUGUAUUUCUGUGGCACCCGCAAGGGGGACUACUUCUACGCCUACGAUGUGGACAUCCAGAGCAGUGAGGGAAUGGUGGCCACCUUCAAGGACCAGGGCCAAGAGCCCUUUGCCGACGACUACUAUGGGAGCCUCCACGUCUUCACCACCUUCUGGGAGUGGACCCCCUGUGACCGUUGUGGGGUGCGCGGGGAGCAGUGGCGCAUUGGCCUCUGCUACCUGCAGAGCCCAGACCUCUCCCCACGCUUCCGCAAGACACUGCCGGACGUGGUGUCCUGUGGUUCACAGGCUGUGCCAAGAAAGCUGCGGGCCAAGGCCAGGGACCACCCACCCGAGCUGCUGGUUCAGAGCUGCAUGGUACCCUGCAAAAAGGCGACGAUGACCCGGGAGGGUGUGAUGGCCAUCUUCAACUACAUAUCCAAAGUGGGCAGCCGGCCCUGGGUGCCCCAGCUACCCAUUCAGUUCCACCAGCAGAGGCUGGGCCACGGACUCAUCAUCUCCUGCCCCGGGGCCCGGCCAGAGCACGCCGUGGCCUGGGACAAGGACCAGCAGUACCUCUACCGCACACAGUACCUGAAGGGCAUCAACAGGUCCAUGAGGGUUUUCAUCGACCAUGGCAACCACCUGCACAUCCGCUUCACGCAGCUAGACGACCGCGCCAUCUACUAUUGCUGGCGGCAGGGGGUGCGGGUCGCUGGGUUCCGACUGGGUGUGACAUCUCGAGGGCGCUACAAGGUCUCAUUCUCAGACCCCGAGACUCGCUCCGCUGUGGAGCUCACCCUGCUAGGGUACCUGCUCAUCACGGCCGUCUUUGUCACCGUUCACCUCUGUCGUUGCUGCUGUUACUUAUUUCGCUGUUGUCCCGACUUCUCCCCCUAGGCUCUCUCUUCCCCAGCUCUGAAGACCCAUUGAGCUCAAAAGUGUUUUUUCAAUGAUACCAGAUGCCUCUGGCUGGGCGUCCUGGACUGGGACGUGUGGUAAGAGGGUGUGGAUCAAUUCGUUAGUUACAACCUGCUCCCCAUUUUCAUGGGCACAUCCGGGACCUGACCUGGGAAGUGGGGAAGCCUGAGGCAGGUGGGAGGUGGGGGACUGAGGCCAGGAUGGAGGGAGACACGUUGUCUGACUUCACAUCAGAUCAGAGAAGGAAGAAGGGAACCUAAUUUUUAUUAAAUGGCCUCUUUGGUG